AUGACAUUCGCAGGGCGUAUAGAAAGGCACGCCGCUCUCGCCAGCCAUCCCGACAAAGUACAAGAGUCUGAGCGCGAAGAAGCUGAAAUAAGAUUCAAGGCUGUGAGCCAGGCAUAUGACAUCCUGUACGAUGACGAGAAACGGCAACUAUACGACACUCAUGGUAUGACUGCGUUUGACGGAUCUGGUAGACCCGGCAUGGCGCCUCCCGACUUGGACGAUAUUAUAAACUCUAUGUUUGGCAUGGGAGUAGGAGGGGGGAUGCCUGGCUACAACGGACCUGGAGGUCAUUCAAAGCCUAAAAAAGGCUCAAAUGAAGAACAUGCGUAUGGCGUGAGCCUUGAGGACCUCUACAAGGGCCGGACAGUGAAGUUUGCCAGCACCAAAAACGUGAUAUGCAGUCUUUGCAAGGGCAAGGGAGGCAAGGAGAAGGCAACGCCAAAAACCUGCUUGACUUGUGGAGGCUUAGGUCGCAAGGAAGCAGUUGUGCAGAUUGCCCCAGGACUUAUGACUCAGUCAAUGACAGAGUGUAAUGUAUGCGACGGCCUAGGCCAUUUCUUCCAAGCAAAGGACAAGUGUAAAAAAUGUAAAGGCAGCAGGGUCACGGAAGAGCGAAAGCUAUUGGAGAUUUAUAUCCCACGUGGAGCGAAACAUGGUGAUAGGAUAGUCCUAGAAGGUGAGGGUGAUCAAAUUCCGGGCGUCGAACCGGGUGACAUUGUAUUUCAGCUGGAGGAAGCAGAGCAUGAAGUUUUCAAGCGGGCCGGUGGAGAUCUUCAAGCUAAUUUGCGGAUUACACUCUCGGAGGCGCUCUGCGGGUUUUCGAGGGUAGUAUUGAAACACCUUGAUGGCCGGGGCCUGGAAUUAAAACACCCAAAGACACCUGGCGAUGUUCUACGACCAGGGCAGGUUCUCAAAGUCUCCGGUGAGGGCAUGCCUUUCAAACGGAGUGAGGCGUGGGGUGAUCUUUACUUGACUGUUCAUGUUAUAUUUCCCAAAGAUGGGUGGGCCUUAAACCAGGCCAUGCUCGAUACAAUGAGGGGAAUUCUACCAGCGCCAGAGCCACGGAUUGAAGCCGACACUGUCGACGAGGUUGAAUUUGAUCCGAAAGCUAAUAUUGAGGACUUUGGUGCCAAAGAUGCCCAGGGUGGAUCAGCUUGGGAAGAUGACGAGGAGGAAGAUGGCGGAACGCAGUGUGCAGCGCAGUAA